UUCACCACAAAAGAUAGACUCUUGGACUGGAUGGACUCGCUUCCUUGUUUUACAGAGUGGAAAGUCUCCAAAAUGGAGUUUUUGGGUUACAAGACAGUCCAUCCCAUCGAACUUGUUUGGUGCGAUGCAUUGGAGGUAGUCAAACAACUAUUUAGUGAUCCCAUCUUUGCGAACCAUAUGACCUUCGUCCUGCACCACGUCAAUGCCUGA